AUGUCCCGGUCGCCGGAUUCCGAAAUCGCCGCGCCGUCGCCUCGCGUGCACGAGCGCUGGCCCGGAAACGAGACGUUCGCGUGCGAUGGACGAUGCGUCGCCGGUCCGCGGCCGCGCGCGGCGCUGUGCACCGCGGCGCUGAUCGCGGCGCCGUCGCUCGUGAAUCUUCUGGUCGUCAUCGAACCGCUGUUGCGACGGAAACUCGGCGCGUGGACGCUCGCGUGCGGCGUGGCGCUGCCGGCGUGGUGCCUGGGAUGGUUGGCGAAGACGGCGCUGACGGAUCCCGGAAUUCUGCCGCGAUUGGCGCGCGAUGGGCGGACGAGCUCGAUGCGAGGGAAGACGAGGGAGACGACGGUGGCGACGACGGGACGGACGACGACGACGAGGUGGAACGACACGUGCGGGUACUUCCAACCGCCGCGCGCGCAUCACUGCAGCGUGUGCAACGAUUGCGUGGAAAAGUUCGAUCAUCACUGCCCGUGGACGGGGACGACGAUCGGGAAGAGAAAUUAUAGGGCGUUUUUGAUGUUUACGUACGGGACGACGGCGCUGUGCGCGUUCACGAUGACGACGUGCGGAUACAGCGUGAGCUAUCGAGGGAUGAAGAAAUCUGGGGCGGCGAUCGCGGUGUUCUUCGUGGCGUUCGUGGCGUUCGUGUUCGUGGGGGCGUUGAGUUGUUUUCACGCGUAUUUAGUGUCGACGAAUCAGACGACGUACGAGAAUUUUAGAGACGCGCACGGUUGGCGAGCGAAUCCGUACAACACCGGGAGCGUGUUGAAGAAUUGCUACGAGGUGUGGUUCGCGAAAAUAGGGCCUCCGCGCGUGCGCUUCGACGCGCGAGUGAGCGAGGACGAGAGCGCGAAGACGUUCGCGAGGGAAAUCGCCGAGUCGGACGAAGCCGCCGCGCGCGCCGCCGCCGCCGCGAGAGAUUCGGCGGUCGAAGCCGGCGUCGCCGGUCGCGAGUCGGACGUCGAGUUACCAGUCAUCGCAUCGCCGACGUCGCCGCGAUCGUCGUCGUAG